AUUGUGUUGUUCAGGACCAAUAUAGAUUUGGUGCUGGAUAAAUUCUUGUUGGAGGCUACUGCUGUGGAACGAAGAAUGAGCCUCUUGCUAAGAUCUCAACUAGCCUGGAAGAUAUUAGGGGCUGAAACAAAGCAGGAAAGGACACAGAACAGAGUGGCACUCAAGAUUCCAGCAGAUGUCAGAGGGCUACAGGCAGACACCACGUUUAUGGCCUGAGCUAUCCAGCAAACCUCGGCAUGAGCGUCUUGGACACCCCCCAUCAUUCCCCUGAGCUGGAGAGUGGCUCUCAUCCCGUCCAGAAGGACUGCCUUGGACUCCCUGUGCACGCCCAGAGAACCCCCUCCUGGCCUCCUUCCCCCGACGACGAGGACCCCAGUUUGCCUUCCUUUCCUCAGGAAGAGCCUGGCUCCAGGCCCCUGGUCCCAGGGAACCUUCCCUUUCCAGCCUUGUCCCUAGAGGAAGAAGAGGAAGAGGAAGAAGAUGAAGAUGCGGCAGAGCCGGAGUGGCUGCGCAGCGAGGAGCAUCCGAGCCAGUUUUUCGCUGAGGCCCAGCGGCUGCGGGAGCAGAGAUUGUUGCUGGACGAAGAGGUGUCAGUCGCGGGGCGGGUAUACGGGGUGCAUCGGGUGAUCCUGGCCGCCAUCAGCAGCCUCUUCCGAGACAGGCUGCUGGGCGACGGAGGUCCGCGGCCCCCCUUCAGCCUCGAGGUGUCCCCAGGGGGCUGGGAGGCUGUGCUGACCUUUGCCUAUGAGGGGGUGCUGGGCCCCGCCCCGCAGGGAGAUGUGCUGGCCGCAGCCGAGGCGCUGGGAGCGCCCCGGGUGAAGGCUGCUGCCCAGCGGACAUGCGAGAGGGCUGGAAAUGCCGGGGAAUGUGUAAAGAAGCCCAGCCAGGCAGAGGAGCUGAGGGAGAACCUGCGCGGAAUCGAGCUCCUCUACCGAGAGGGCGUCGGGUGUGACUUGAAGCUGGAGGCAGGCGGCUGCCAGCUGCGGGUGCACCGAGCCGCCCUGGCUUGUGGCAGUGAGUUCUUUGGGGCCAUGCUCCUGAGCGGAAUGAGGGAAUCCCAGGGCACAGAGGUAUCUCUGAGGACCAUCUCCACCCAGGACCUGCGACUUCUCGUCUCUUUUGCUUACUCUGGAGUUGUGCGGGCAAGGUGGCCAGGACUACUGAGAGCUGCCCAGGCUGCUUUGCAGUACCAGAGCUCUUCCUGUCUGGAUUUGUGUCAGAAAGGCUUGGCACGGGGCCUCAGCCCUGCCCGUUGCCUGGCCCUGUUCCCCAUGGCUGAAGCCCCUGGGUUGGAGAGGCUCUGGAGCAAAGCCCGUCACUACCUCCUCACCCACCUGCCUGCUGUAGCCUUGUGUCCUGUUUUCCCUUCUUUACCAGCUGCCUGCUUGGCUGAGCUCCUGGAUAGUGAUGAGCUCCAUGUGCAGGAGGAGUUUGAGGCCUUUGUGGCUGCACGGUGUUGGCUAGCUGCCAACCCUGAGACCCAGGAGUCAGAGGCCAAGGCCCUGCUGCAAUGCGUCCGCUUUGGCCGCAUGUCCACCAGGGAGUUGCGGAGGGUGCGGGCAGCCGGGCUACCUCCACCCCUGACCCGGGAUCUGUUGCACCAGCUGAUGGUAGAGGCUGAUGUUCCAGGCCAAGAGAGACGGAGGGAGCCUGACCGGGCACUGGUAGUGAUUGGCGGGGAUGGGCUCAGACCAGACAUGGCCCUAAGACAACCAUCCCAAGCAGUGUGGUGGGUCCGGGCCUUCCGCUGUGGUGUGGGACUGGUACGAACUGUUGAGUGGGGGCAGUUGCCUGCCCUGCCUGCCCCAGGACGCUUCCGGCAUGGGGCUGCGAGCCUGGCAGGAAGUGAACUCUAUGUGUGUGGGGGACAAGAUUUCUACAGUCACUCCAACACCCUGGCUUCAACUCUCAGGUGGGAGCCCAGUCAAGAGGGCUGGGAGGAGAUGGCUCCUUUGUCCCAGGCUCGAAGCCUUUUCCCGUUGGUGGCACUGGAUGGACAACUUUAUGCCCUGGGUGGAAGACACAAUGGUGUUGCCCUGGACUCUGUGGAGGCCUACAACCCUGAGCUCGACGUCUGGAGGCCAGCACCUGCACUUCCAGCACCGUGUUUUGCCCACGCAGCUGCGAUUUUGGAGGGCCAAUUGUAUGUGAGCGGUGGCUGUGGUGGGACUGGCCAAUACCUGGCCUCAUUCCUGCACUAUGACCCCAAACUUGAGAAGCCAGGGACAUUUCUGCGCCCUAUGGGGGUACCUCGGGCUGGCCAUGUCAUGGCUGCAUUGGGUGGGCGGGUGUAUGUGGCAGGUGGGCUGGGUGAGACUGGGGACCUGCUAAGCUUUGAGGCCUAUGAACUAAGGACUGAUAGCUGGACUCACCUGGCACCCCUACCCUCCCCCCAUGUGGGAGCUGCAGGUGCUGUGCUGCAGGGGGAGCUACUGGUGCUGGGGGGCUACAGUCACCGUACUUACGCACUCUCCCACCUUAUCCAUGCCUACUGUCCUGGCCUGGGCCGAUGGCUUUGCCUGGGAACUCUGCCAAGGCCUCGGGCUGAGAUGCCUGCCUGCAUCCUGACACUGCCCACUGUGCAGCACAUAGCUGUGGUUCCCACCCCACACCAAACCAAACCUGCUGGGUGAAGAGGGAGCAACAGUGUAUGGGGAGAGGAAGGCAUAAGAAAUAGCCUGAGAGAAGGACAGAGAUUGUGGGGAGAGAAAAGAGAAGGCUUUAUUCCUUGAUAGUAUUUUAUUCUCACACUGUGCAUUGUAAACUGCUUUUGUACGUAUGAUCUCCAUUGAGGAAAUGGUGGUUCCAGAACUCCCGGGGAACACAUAUAGGGGAAGGCGAGAAAGCUGAAUAGCCAGGUAAGGAAAGGAGACUUGGGAGCAACUCCACAAGGCUUAGGGAUUCUUAGGGAAAGUGCAUCUGGUUUGAAAGAGAGUUAAGAAGCUUCAGUAGGCUCAUGCCUGUAAUCCCAGCACUUUGGGAGGCCGAGGCGGGCGGAUCACAAGGUCAGG